GUUUCGAUCGCUCCGCGGCGAACGGCCCACACACACACCGGUGGCGGCAGUGCGCGCUCCUUCGUGUUCGUUUAAACGUAUAUUUAUAUUAUAAUAUUAUUCCGUAUACGAACACCGUACAAUUUGUAAUAAAUUGUAUCGUUAUUGUUAUGCGAUUUAUGAAUUUUUUUUAAUAUCGUAAAAUUGUAACAGUGCGUUUGCCGUACCGGCGUAGUGCUGUGGCAGCGGCGGUGGGACAAGUAUACUUAUCCCCAUAAUAUUAUACGAUACAGACGACGGCAGAAUUUUUUUCACACAAUUAAAAUAAUAUACGUUACGGUCGCGUGCGUGUUUUUUUCCCGUUUAUUUCACCCGAAAUCUCACUUCCGUCGUGAUUUUACGAAAAUGUUUCGAAAACGCUUUUGAACGCAGGGUCGGAGAGACGCUACGCACUCUCAGCUGCAGCGGUCAUCCGACGGUGUGGAUUUUCAUCGAAUUUAUCCUCACGUUUUAUAAUAAUAUAUAGCGUAUUAUUAUUAUAUUAUACUAUCCGCUUGCGCCGAAUACAUAUAUACAGCCCGACCGCAGAUAUGAUCCAGGAAAACCGUUUCGAGUUGUGUGGUUUUCCGACCACGUACAUCAAGAACAUGAAGGAGAAAACUGCAGACAAGUCAAGACAUUUAGCGGAAGAUGCUUUAUGCGAGAACAAAAGUUUACACUUUCGUGAAAAGUACGAAUUCGUCCAAUACGUCAAGACUGAAUCGUUGCAGUGUCGAGGAUGCUCGGAUCCAAUUACGGAUAGGUUUUUAUUGAAGGUUUCUGACAAAAUUUGGCACGUAUCGUGUUUAAGAUGCUGCGUGUGCAAUUUGGUAUUAGAGGACGAACCGUCGUGUUUUAUCAAAGAUGAUUCAAUUUAUUGCCGUCAGGACUAUGCCAGGAGUUUCGGUACUGUGUGUUCAAAGUGUUCGAAAGGCAUUUCCGCUUCACAUUGGGUGCGAAAGGCCAGGGACCACGUUUACCAUUUGGCAUGUUUCCGGUGCGACGCCUGCGACCGACAAUUGAACACGGGUGAAGAGUUUGCUCUGCACGAAGGUCGUGUUCUGUGCAAACCUCAUUAUUUGGACAUCGUAGACGGCGGCACUACAAGCUCGUCAGAGGGUGGAGAUUCGGAAAGUUAUCACAGCAAGAAUAAAGCAAAACGAGUACGGACCACAUUUACCGAAGAACAGUUGCAGGUGUUGCAAGCUAAUUUCCAAUUGGAUUCUAAUCCUGAUGGGCAAGACCUGGAAAGGAUAGCCCAAAUUACUGGACUGAGCAAAAGAGUUACUCAAGUGUGGUUUCAGAAUUCUAGGGCGAGACAAAAAAAGCACUUGCACACCGGUAAAGUGAAAAACACUCCAUCCGGAUUACUUCACCACCAACAAAACGGUUCCGAAAAUCAUUUCAACCGGCACAUAAAUCUACACCUCACGUAUUCGUUUCAACAGCCUCCGUCGUCGAACCAUUCGCACCAGAGGGGAUCUCCUAUUUAUAUACCCCAAAAUCCAGCCUCGGAAACGUCGUCCCUAGACGACCUGUCUCAAGACUCCAUGAUGAUGUGUUCGGUGGGCAGGAACAGCGAUCCGGUAUGAGACGAAGACCGUGGUGGGGCCAACAACCAUCCACCACGUUGACUACGUCCGAAAUAAUAAUUAUUAUUAUUAUGAGAAAUAAUAUAAUUUAAGAAGAUAAAAUGUUUUAAAUUAUUUUUACUGUGAUAUAAUCAUAUUUAAUUAAUUAAUGUUUAAUUACCGAAUGGAAGCUUACAUUGUGUUUCAAUCCAUUCGUAUUUUAAUAUGUUAGAAUCUUUAGACGAACAAUUUACUCUCCUCGUCACAUGUAUACAAACACUUAAUUAUCAUAUUAUUAUUAUAUUAUUAAACAGCACGAUUAGUGUUCCGCGUUUAUCGGCCCGCAACUUAUGUUAAUAAUAUUCACAUAGUUACCAUUAGUUAAGCUCGUCAACAUAGGGAACUACAACCACUACGCGAUUUAGCGUCUUCUCGCACUAUACUAUAUACACGUCCGUAUAUUCGCAUUUCUUCACAGUUUCGUAUUUUUUUCGUCGAAAAUUUUUCAAGCCCAUUUAACUGUAAUAUUGUUAUAAAUACCUAAUAUUAUACGCUAUAACAGAAUUUUUCAACGGUAGAGCGUAUAUUAUAUUAUAUAGACGGAUAGUAAAAUAUUUAUCAAAAGUUGUUUAAUCUUGAUUUCUAUACACAAAGUGUUUUUCGUAUAUUCGUAUUAUUAUUAUAUUUAGCUAUUGCUGCAGACAAAAUUCGCGUACCUACUAUGCGCUUUAUCGUUACAAAAACAAUAGUGCCUACUACUUUUGAUGGUUAUUUAAUCAUAUUAUGAAUAAAUUCAGAUAUAGAUUCCGCGUUUAAGCUAAGCCCCCUCCAAUAAAAAACUGAUUCUUUUUCCGUCCGUUGCAGUUUUGAUGCGCGUUCCUAUAUAAGCAAAUUUUACUUUUUCCAAAAACCACCGAAAAUAUUUUAUUGUUAUCUAAAUGAAAUUAAAUAAUUUUAUUAAUUUUAAGAAUCUUUUUAUUAUUACUUAGGUAUAUCAUAAAAAUAGUAUCUCACGUAUUAUUAUAGUUAUUUUUUUUUUGCUUCAUCGCAUACCACACAAUGUUAUCAUAUAAUAUUAACACGGGAACCUUAUAUUGUAAUUCUUUUUAAUAGACAAUAGUUCGUUUAUAAUAUAUUAUAUUAAAUAUAUCUUAUUUUGAUCAGAUCGUGUAUAAUAAGAUGCUUGAAAUUUGUUAUUAUUAUCUUUAUCAUUAUUAUUUUUAUUAUUAUUAUCAUUAUUAUCAUUGUGAAAAUUUGAUUUUGUAUGGAAUGUAAAUUAUUGUAAUUUAUAUAUAUUAUAUUGUAAAUACGAAUCCUGGGCCGGCCCAAAAUAUUCUGCCACCCUAGGCAUAUAUAUCUGAUCUGCAACCGUCCCCCUCCUUUCCCAUCAUAAUAUAGUACUAUACCUAUACCAAUUUUGUUUACGGAAAUGUUUGUACAUAUAUAUAUUGAUAUAUUGUAUCUGUGUG